AUGGGAGACUUUACAUGGGAUGAUACAUUAGCUACAUAUAAUCCAACGUUGGAAUUUUGGGCGACAGAAACACUUUUUCAACCGUGCACUUGCUUCGGCGGCUAUGCACGGCCAUCAGAAGCCCAAAAAAUUUUGAAGGAGAACUUACUACUAAACAAGCGCUCUAGGCAAUGGUUAGCAAGAUGUUCUAAAGCUAGCUCUGAUGUGGAAUUCAAGAGACUUCGUUCAGAGUUGAGAAACACACCUGAGCAGUUUUUAAAAUACUUUAUUAUAGUUGAUGAUUUCUGCAGCGUCCAGAAUACAACUGGUAUACUGUCAUUAGUUAGAAGAGAAGCUGUGCAUAAUGUGCUGAAACUUGAGAAGUGGGUCAAUGAUGGCAGAUUAGACACUGAUUUUACCUCCUUCUUUAACCAGAAGGAAAAGAUCAGUAUUGAUAAGGAUGGGUUGGCUCUUCUUUCUUCUAUAAAAUUUACCGAAGAGACACAGAAUCUAGAAUGGAAACCACUUAGUGCCUCAAAGACACUAAUUACAAAAUUUAGUAUUGAACGUGGCCUAAGAUGUAGGAGCAAGAUCUUCUCAAACAAAGCUGUGGAUUUUAAACCAAUGCCCAAUAAAAUUGACAGACAAAUAGAGGAAAUUUAUGAUGAAAAACUCUCCAGGUCAGUGUAUUUUUUUAUGGAAGGAGAAAAUGGUAUCAAAUUCAAAAAACUGCACCAGUGUAGAUUCUACAAGUAUUUGAUCGAUCAAAAAUUGACUAAGCUGGGUAGCAAUGCCCAGAAUAUAAAUCGAUCCGCUCAGAUGUAUAAUAUGAUAGAGAAUUGGUCAGUCACAAAUCCAUCAACAAAUAAAGUUCUAGUGAGACUUGAAGCUCAAUGUAAAGAAGAAAGUUUCAGCAACGUGAUCUUCUAUAAAGUGAAACAACCCCACAUCAAAAGAAAAACGACAAAUACAAGGGACCCUUCUCUUUUGUUCCGUAGUGUAAAGUGGAGAUUAUAUGAUGGAAUAUUAAAGGCUAUGAAGUGGGAUCCAUUCCAGCAUGCAAAGCAUAUGAACAUCUCUGAAAUAUUAGAUUCCGAACCAGUUGAAAAUGUACCCAUAAAUGUCCCAGUUAGCAAAUUUACAUUUAACAAGAUAAGGUAUAAUUCAAUUGAAUUCUUGAGCACAAUUUGCGAAAGCAAAACCACAAGAAGCCCCAUAGGAGAUGCAGUAGCUAACAAUACUAUGCAAGGAGUUGAAGACGAAGAUUCUGUAGAAGGGACAAACCCCCAAGAUAGCUCAUCCUCUAUCAAUUUAUCUAUGGCAUCAAUUCUUCCAGCAAAACGAAGCUUUAUCGAUGAUAAUUUGAAAAGUCUAAUCGAAAAGCGAAGAUCUAAAUCUCAGUCUACGCCAAACUCAACAAUAAACAUUCCAUCUAUGGAACUAUUAGGUAUCACCACAAACCAUAAAGAAAAUGAAACUGUCAGAAGUAACGUCAGUCUUUCAAGUCCUACAAAAAAUAGAAGAUUGGACAAGGCUCCAUCCAUUGAAUAUAACCCUGAGUUAAAUGGAAAAUGCAUUUUAUUGAAUUGGCAUAAGGUCAAUGAAAACUACCAGCUUCUUCAACACUUAUCAAAGUUUAGCGAAUUCACCAUCAUUGAACGUGAACUACCAUACGGUUGUGACUUUAUACUCAGCAGCUCUGUAUGCAUUGUGAGGAUCCAAAUACAGAAAUUUUUCCAGGUUACAAAUGAAAAUGAACUCUUCUAUGCGUCAACUCUUGCAGAAUUACAUCAAAAAUUUACCAACGUGAUAGCAUUAGUAGAGUAUACAGAAACAAUUGCAGAAGUGGAUUCUGAUUUAUUUUUUAAAGUGCAACUCAUGUUACAAGUUUCUGGAAUUCAAUGCUUCAUGGUAAAUGAUGUACGUAUCAUAGCUCAAUGGAUCCUAGAUUUGGCUGUUGACAGCCCUUUGUAUGAUGAGAGCUUCGAUGACAUAUCUGAUGACGAAAGAAUCCUCAUAAAUUUGGGUAUUAACCUAUUUGCCGCAAAAGAAAUAUGUGCCAAAUGUACAUCAUAUCAGUUUCUCACAAUGACAGCAACUGAUAGGUAUCGAAGCUUCUAUCAUCUCCUCACUGAGGACCAUUUAAAUCUGGUGACCAGGUUGAUGAGCUUAUCCUGGUGA